UGAGGAGGCAGCGGUGGCGGCGGCGGCGGCUCUGGAGGCCGCAGUCCGGGUCCUGGCUUCGGCCCCAGCCCUACCAUGGUGACGCUCGCUGAGCUGCUGGUGCUCCUGGCCGCCCUCCUGGCCACGGCCUCGGGCUACUUCGUGAGCAUCGACGCGCACGCCGAGGAGUGCUUCUUCGAGCGGGUCACCUCGGGCACCAAGAUGGGCCUCAUCUUCGAGGUGGCCGAGGGCGGCUUCCUGGACAUCGACGUGGAGAUUACAGGACCUGAUAAUAAAGGAAUUUAUAAAGGAGACCGGGAAUCCAGUGGGAAAUACACAUUUGCUGCUCACAUGGAUGGAACAUAUAAGUUUUGUUUUAGUAACAGGAUGUCCACCAUGACUCCAAAGAUAGUGAUGUUCACCAUUGAUAUUGGGGAGGCCCCAAAAGGACAAGACAUGGAAACAGAAGGUGGUGGAGAUACCUGGGAUGCACACCAGAACAAGCUAGAAGAGAUGAUUAAUGAACUAGCAGUGGCGAUGACAGCCGUGAAGCAUGAGCAGGAAUACAUGGAAGUUCGGGAGAGAAUACACAGAGCAAUCAACGACAACACAAACAGCAGAGUGGUCCUUUGGUCCUUCUUUGAAGCUCUUGUUCUAGUUGCCAUGACAUUGGGACAGAUCUACUACCUGAAGAGAUUUUUUGAAGUCCGGAGGGUUGUUUAAAAAGCCUUUUUCUGAUGAUCCGAAACUCAUAAUUCACUGUUUACCAAACAUCUUGGUCAUAAUAAUGUCGUUUAGUUUGUAUUUUUUAUUUUUGAAAUUGUACAUUCACAGCCUAUGUUUCUUUGUGAUUAAUAGAUAUUGGGGGAAAACCUUUUUAGGAGAGCGAUAGUGAAAAUUUGACAUUUGAUUGGCACAAUUUCUAUUUGAAUUCUGCCUCCAUUAUACAGGCCCUUCCAGAGCUUUAACCCUGUAAAUGAAAUGUAGGCAUAUAGUCCUUAUUAUAUCUUCUUUUGUUUUCAUAAUAAAAUGCAGUUUGUUCAGGAUAGUACCUUACAAAAAUGACUGCAUUCUCUUGACCCCCUCAUCCUACAGUUCAAAUUAUUAGAGAUUCACUUUGUUUAGUUCUUAGGAGAAACAGGUCUGAGUCUGGACGUGUCCUCCCCACCUAAUGGCAGAGCUCUGACCUCAGAGUGUGCCGUCAGGUUGUUCUUUUAUACUCUGUCUUGUUUUUGCUUUAAAGAUAAGACAACCCAACAUUUCCCCCCAAAAUUUUUACUUUGAACUUUAGGAUUUCACCUUUACUAAAUUGAUGACACAGCAGCUAAUAAGCCUUUUUUGAUUUCUGCCUAACCUCAUAGGAAGUCUCUAUUAAAGCCAAUUAAUUCUCUGGUGUUUCAGCUAACGGUAGCUUUUUCUUUCUGUGCUGGCUCACACUUGCUCCACUCUUGGCCCGUAGGAGGUCUGCAUUCACGUAACUGGGAAAAUCUGGGUUUCCAAUGGCGAAGGGCUAAGCCUCUUGGACUUCUUUGCAGUCAGUGAUAGACAGCCACUAUUUUGUUUUUGGUCAGUGGCAUUUGACCACUCAUUAAUUAGGGUACUGACAACACUGUCAGUACUAGGGUUUUUGUUUUUGUUUUUCUUGGGUCUUUUUUGGCACAUGUGAAUUUUGUUUUGUAUAAAACGAAAUGAGACUCUAGGUUUCUGAUGAUGUGUUUUAAAUUGAAGGAGCAUCUGGUUUGGUGUGGGGAUGGUCCAGGAUUAUGUUGUGACUGAUGUAUAUUAGUUACUUGUACAUUUUUUUUGGAUCUUUGCAAAGGUAAAACUACAAGUAACGAGUUUUAUAUAAUUAAUUUAAAUUUGUUACAGGUUUUCAUGUUCAGAAUAAACAAUUUUUCAACUUUGGGUGAAAAUACUUGCAGCAGUUGAAGGGGUGAUAUGUUUUACCUAAGGACAACUGUUGCAUGCCAGUUUUGUUUGUUUUUAUUUGCGUGAGAAAACACUUCAAAAUUGACUUAAAAUAUGUAAAUUUAAAAUUGGUUGUGUAUCAAUCAGCCCCAGGCUCAGUAAAUAAACAAUUCUUUUUAAAAACA